AUGCUGACAAAGCAUACUAGUUCGGCCAUCUUUUUCGUCUUUUUGUCAUUGUUCGUACGUUUCAGUCAGCAAAAUCUCAGCAAGAAGGCAUUACUAGAUGGUCUCGGUGAUAACCUCAAUUUCUGUCAGCUUACUUCUCCACCCUACACAUCUGUUCCUGGCGGUGAUGCUGGACUCUGCCAUUGUAGUGGUGCUGCACCUGCAUCUGUCCAUACUAUUACUUACCAUGAGAUUAGUGUUCAUCAACUCGUUCUAUGCAUGUGUCCUAAUGCAGUUAUGAGUGCUCCAUAUAUGAUCGAAAUGAUGGGUCGCGUACCCUAUGCCAUUCGCCGAUACAAUAAAGCAAUGAUAUCAGCCACAUCACGAACCUGUGGUGGUGCUGGUUCCAGUGGCGAUGUUUCUUUCUAUUGUGAACCGAAUAUGCACGUUUCCGUGUUUAUCCAUGAAUCCGCACACUCCUUAGAUCGUGGCACAUCAGGAACAUCCGAAUGGCGUAAUGCCGUCCGACAAGACUCGUGUGUACCUGAUCCGUAUGCGAACUCGAACUUUGCUGAUAAUUUUGCCCAGGUCGUUGUUCUCUGGACCCAUUUGGUUGCAGAAAGAUUGCACCCAACUCUAGGAGGAAGUCAAUUCAGUUGUAUGAAAAAUCAAAUACAGCAGAUAAGCAAAGCAUUGCCAGCAUACCGCAUUCAAGCUCCACGAAGUAGUCUGCCAGCUGGCCAACAGCUGCAACAAUGGGAAGCUUUAACGUCUUCAAAUGGUGCCUACCGUCUAGUCAUGCAAGAUGAUGGAAAUCUCGUACUGUAUGUUUCAGACAAGUGUAUACCCGCCAAUGCCAUCUGGUACACGGGUUCAUUCAGCAAUGGUCCCCAUCGUUUUCAAAUACAGACUAAUGGUAACCUAGUGGCCUACAAUGGUAAAAACCAAGCUAUAUGGAAUUCAAACUCACCUCGACAGAAUGUUGAACGUGGCCAUUUAGUAAUGCAAAAUGACGGCAACUUAGUUCUCCAUGACAAUAAUCAUCGAGCCGUUUGGGCUUCGAAUACUUGCUGUUUCAUUGCUCCCCGCGCAUAA